AGUUGCAGUGCUGCUACUUCUGAGACCUCGGCCCGGGCCGAUGACCACGAGAUGGAGGAUGCCGCAACUUCGAAUCCAGCUCCACCCAACACUGUUAUCGAUCUUCCUGAUGAUGAUGAGGAUGAAGAGCCGCUGAAGCAUAGGAGGAGUCGAAAAGCGCCCGCCAGCAAGGUGCCUCAGGAUGUGUCAGCGCCUGAAAUUCUGACUGUGGAGGGAGAGAACACCACUCGACACACGGUGACCUUCGCGACUCCACUGACGAGUGCUCAGCAGCCCUCCCUCUUCACGACUCACCACGUCCCAGAGGACCAAGCUGGUGCGGCGAAGGAGGCGAUACGCCAGGCGGGACUCAUGAUGGAGCAGCUGAAGACCAUCCGGGAUGCGAGCCAGGCAGCUUAUGACGCCAGCUCUGCCCUCCAAAGCAAUACAGUACUUCCCCUUUGCAAACAAGAAGUUCAGGGUGUCGAGAGUGCUCAGUUCAGUGUGCUUAGUUCAGGUACAAAAGUAUUGGCAGAUGCUCAGCUCAGUGCAGAGUAA